AUGUCGCAAAGCCAAUCGUCUCAGUUGAGUCUAUUCGACUCCGAGGCCGACGACUUAUCAUUUCUUACCCCUUCUAAUUACCCAGCUACCCCGUCUACCUCUCGGCAGGUUAAUAGCUUCUCGUUUAUUCAACCGUCUGUUCCUUCGUCCGUCGCCCCGGAAUCAGAUCCCCUUAAACGCUUCUAA